AUGGAAUUAAAAGAAUUUGCAAAUUUAAAAUAUUAUUUGAGAUUAAAUUUUCUAUAUCUUCCUUAUUCUAAUUUGAAUAUUUUUGAAAGAUUUAAAUUUUCUAAAUCAGAAUUAUUUUAGAUUUUAUGUCUAAUUGUUAAAGAGGAAUUUUAAAUAUAAUUAAAAUUCCAAGGGAUUGAAUAAGAGAUUGUAAUACCAACCUAAAAUAGACUUAAUGCAUUAGUCUAAAUGUUAAUGGAAAUCAAUAAAUCUGUCUAUUUUGCAGAGGAAGAAAAUUAAAUAGUAUAAUAAUUGCUUAAAUUACUUAUACCUUUAUUAUAUUUGAACGAUGAAUUAGCUAUUUAAGCAGUAAAUUAAAUAUUAUUAAUUAUCUAAAAAAUCUAAAUAAAUAAUGAAAGAAUUUUGGAUUCAACAUUUAUUCUUAUCAUAAAAUUACUUGAUUCUUAAUUCUUUGCUAGUAGUACUUCUAACAACUGUAUUGAAAUUUUAAUAAAAAUCUUCUAAGUUAAUAGAUCUUUUGUACAUAAGUUUAUUUAUUAAAUGAAAGGCUUAGAAAAACUAUUGAAGUUGGAAGGAAGUAAUUAAGAUUAAUACAGGUGUUUAUCUAAAUUAGUCAUAUCAAUAAUUUAUGAUAAAACUUUAAUUAGAGCUUCUAUUGAAGCAAAAAUUAAGAAGAGUAUUUUUGAUUAAGAAAAUAAUAAAGAGAUAGAAAAAUCUAAUAUAGAAUUAUCAAAAUAGUAAUAUUAUAACUAAAAUACAUAUCCUGUGUGUAUAUAACCUGUACAAUAUAAUGUUAAGAUUAAUGACUAAUUAAAAUUAUCUGAAAAUCACCCAACUUUGUAGGCACUUAAAAAUGGCUUUUUUAAAAAAGAUGUAAAAUAUGUUAUGAAUUCAUUAUUUGAAGAUAGUCAAGAUGGUUACUUGAUACUUAAAAAAGGUAUUUAGCUUGAUGAAUUAAAUAGUAUCUAUAAAAAUAAUGAUUCAAUUUAAUAAUUUAAUUUUGUACAUACUCAAAAAACACAAACAAUUUUAUCUUUAUUAGUUUAAUAACUGAUUACUUCAUAUUUUGAAACUAAAAAAUAGUAUUAAUAUGAUUAGAAGAUAAUAUUUUCUGUUUUAUAAUUGCUUAUUUUGAGGUUUCCAUUACUUAUAUCAUAAAUAGUUAGAAUAAAUUGUAGUAAAUUUCUAUAAAAAUACAAAAAUGAAAUUGGUUUCAUUUCAUAAGAUUUACCUGAUAAAAUAUCUUUUCUUUCUUUGAUAACAAAGUAUAUAAUACCACCUAAUGAUUUUAUAUUUGAUUUGUGUUUAGAUAACAUAGUUUUAUUUAAGACAUCAAAUAAUGUUAUUGUUCCAUUUGCAAAUGAAAUAAGAAAAAUAAUUAUUAAGGAAUUGCAUUAUGAAAUUAGCUAAUCCAUCAAAAAUUUUGAUAAGAAAAUAUACUAAUAUUCUAAUAUUUUAUUAUGUUUAUUAUAAAUAAAUUCAGUUGCUAAAAUUUGUUUUUAGAAUAUUAAGGAACCAGAUAAUUCAUUCAAUUUUAUCAAAAUUUAUAAGGAAGGUAUUAAAAAUUUUGAUAUAUUAUAAAUUAAUAUUUUUAAGACUCAAUUAAUCUAGAUAAUUAAGACUUUGAGAAUUUUAUAUAAUUUGGCUUCUUAUUUAAUUUUAGAAAUGACUAUGCCAUUUGUUUUAUAAUAACAAGAUUCAUAAACUUAAGUUUAGUCAAUAUCUAUGUCUAAUUUAGAAAGAAAUUACUAAUUAAUUUUUAUUAAUAAAAAUUAAAAUAUAUGGAUAAAAGAUUCAUAAAUUGAUGAAGAAGUUUAGAUUGAUUAAUAAUAAUAGAUUUUAGAGAAUAAUAAUAUUUAACAAAUUUAUGAUAAAAUAGAUUAGCAAUAAUUAAUAUGGAUAAAUAAUUAUGAAGAAGGUGAAUAAAAUGAAGAAGAUGAAUAAAAUCAAGAAUAUGAAGAAGAUGAAGAAUAUGAAGAAUAUGAAGUAUAUGAAGAAUAUGAAGAAGAUGAAAAUUUACAUUAAAGUGAAACUUUAGAUACGGAUUUUUUGGAUUGCAUUUUCAGACCUUAUUUUAUUUAAAACUUUGAUUAACACAUAUAGUAUAAAGUAUAAUUAGACAAGUUUAUAAAAAUAUAAGAUGAUAUCAAAAAUCAGAAUUAAGUAGAUUAAGUGCAGAAAUUUAAGAAAAAGAUUCAAUAACUUUUAGGAAUCAUAGAUUAAUAAUUAAUAAAAUAAUUAUAAAGACUUAUUUUAUUGAAUUAUCCAAAUCCAAAUCUAAUUCUGUCUGAGGUAAAAGCAUUUUUUGCAUAUUUUGCUGUUUAUUAGAAUUAUGAAAUAAUUAAUCCAUUAAUUUAAUAAUUAAAAGAAGUAAAUUAAUAAGAAAUGAGUAUAAAUUAUUUAUAAUCAAAUUUUAUAAUUGAAGAUUAUCAAUUAAAAAAAGAUAAAAAAUAUGUAUCUUAAUUUGUAUCAAAAAUAAUUUUAGAGUUAAUAUAUAAAUUUUGUGAAAAAAAAAAAUGCUAAUUAUCAUAAACAAAUGUUAAUGAAUUAAUAAAAUUUUUAUAGUUAUUUUCUGAAAAUGAUCAUUUAAUUUAAUUACUAUUACUUGUAUUAAAUUUGGCAACAUUUGAUUAAGUAUAAAAAAUAUAAUCAAUAUCUUUUGAAUAAAUAAAAUUAUUAUUAACAUUGUUGAUUUCAGGGAAAUUUAAAGAUAAAAAGAAUUUAAAAGGAGUUAUAUCAAAAUUAUAUUAUAAUUAUGAUAAUUAAAAGAAAAUAAAAGCAUAUAUUUAUAACUUUUUAGAAAAGUAAUAAUAAUAUUUUGAAAAUUGUUUCUAAAAAUAAGAAGUUGAAAUAAAAAAUUUAUUUAAAGGAUAUUAACUUUUGGAAAUAUUUAAGUUAAUUAAAUUUAUCUAUAAUUAAAACUCUAAUUUUAAUAUAGCCAAAGAUAUCUAAGAGUAGUAGUUAACAAAAUUAUGUGAAAAUUUAUAAUUCUUUAUAUUAGAUAUGUAACCAUAAAAUAAACAACUAUACCUUGAGACAAUUAUGCCUUAUUUGAAAUGUGUCUUAAAAAUUCAUUAAAUUCUUUAUCCAAAAUAGGAAUAAAUAUAAUCAAAUAUUUAAAUAUCCUAAAUAAGUAAUUAAUCAUCAUCAUCUGAAAAUAACAUUGAAAAAAUAUUCAAAAAUCUUUGUGAUAAAGGAAAAAACUUUAUAAAUUAUAUGUUAUAAAGAGAACUUUAAAAUUAUAAUAAUAAGAGAAUAAAAAAAUUUGUCAAAGAUUUUAUAACAUAUUAUCCUAAGAUUAUUGAUAUUUCAAUCAAGUAACUUUAUUUACAAAAUAUAAUAAAAGAAUUAAAUGGUUUUAACAGGAAUACACAUUAAUUUUAAAAAACUAUUCUUAUUAUAGAUAGAUAGAAUAUAUUCUUAGAUUCUUAUGAGAAAAUAUCACAAUUAACUGAUUUUGAUCUCAAAAAUGAAUUUCAAAUCGAAUUUUUAAAUGAACCUGGUAUUGAUGCUGGUGGUCUACUUAAAGAAUGGUUUUCUAAACUUUCACAGGAAAUAUUAAAUCCUCGUAAUCAACUAUUCACUAAAACAAUUAAUUCUCGUAAGUAUAAAAUAUAUCGAUUAUCUUCUAAUGAUCCAGAUCAUCUAUAAAAAUUUGAGUUUGUUGGAAAAAUUUAUGCAAAAGCAAUUCUAUAGGGAUAAUUAAUUUAAGGAAAAAUUGUGAAAUCAUUUUUUAAGCAUAUUUUGGGUAGAAAUUUAACUAUAAAUGAUUUUAAAUCAAUUGAUAAGACUAAAUAUCUAACCUUAACUAAAAUUUUAAAUGAAAAAUUUUCUUGUGAUUUAGAAUGGGAAUAUCAAGUUCAUAAUUGUGUAGAAUGUGAAGAUGAAGAUUAUUGUAUCAAUACAGAGAUUUUAGAAUUAAUUCCUGGUGGUAGAAAUAUUUCUGUAACAGAAGAAAACAAAAAGUAGUACAUUAGAGAAUUAUGUUAUUCAAUUUUGGCGAAAAAUAUAGAAGACUAAAUUAAAGCAUUUUAAAAAGGGUUUUUUUCUUUGAUACCCCAAAAAUACAUUAAAAUUUUUGAUUAAAAUUAAAUAGAGUAAUUAUUAUGCGGAAAAACAGAAAUUGAAAGUAUUUAAUUUUAAAUAUUAUUUUAUAGUUGAAGAUUUAAUUAAAAAUCUUAAAUUCAAGGAUUAUGAUGUUAAUAAUUAAGUUAUAUAAUGGCUAUUUAAUGUAUUAAAAAGUUUCUCAAAUGAUAUGUUAUCAAAAUUUCUAUGGUUUGUUGCAGGUAUUUAACAUAAAAUUUAUUUAAGGUUCUGGAUUAGUCCCUAUUGGAGGAUUCAUCAAUUUACCAAAACCUAUUAUAAUUAAAAAAUUCACGACAAACAAUGAUGAUUAAUCACUCCCUAUUUCACACACAUGGUAUGAAUUAAAUUUAUUAUUUUAGUACUUUAACUAUGGAAUUACCAGAAUAUUCUUCAGAAUAGAUUUUGAAGGAUAAAUUAGAGUUGGCCAUUUUAGAAGGGCAUUAGACAUAUUAAAUGGAAUGA